AUGAACGAGGUCUCGGCACUCCUCGCGUUGUCGCAUCCAUACAUCAUUGCGCUGGAAGAGUCGUUUGUCGAUAAGCGGACAUUGUGCAUUGUGAUGGAGUUUGCAGAGGGUGGUGAGCUGGGUGCGGCUGUCGUGGCCCGGAGGCGGGCGGGCAUGGACUACUACUCGGAGGAUGAGGUGCUGAAUCUGUUCACUCAGCUUGCCCUUGCGCUCAAGCACGUCCACGACAAGAAGAUCAUCCACCGCGACCUUAAGUCCGAGAACGUGUUUCUGGCCAAGGACGGCACGAUUCGGCUCGGCGACUUUGGUCUCACUGGGCUCAUGACUGCGCAGGUGGCGUCGAUGGAUCUGGCAUGUGGAACGCCGUUCUACAUGGCACCCGAGGUCUUUACGUCCGAGUACAACUCCAAGGCCGACGUCUGGUCGCUCGGAUGCAUCCUCUACGAGCUAUGCUCGCUCUACCGCCCGUUCUCGGGCGAGGGCGAUUCGGAUUCCGAGUCGGACGACGAUGAUUACGACUCAGAGGCGAGCUGGCAGUCGUCGUAUGACGACGAAGAGGUCGACGGUGGUGUUUACGGCCCCGCCUUUCGCUCGGUUGUCAGGCGGGUGCUUUCGGGCAAGGUGCCGCGGCUGCCGCGCGGGCAGUACUCGCCCCAGCUCGAGGCGUUCUACGACUCGAUCAUGAAGCAUGCGCCGGACCAGCGACCGUCGGUCACGACCCUCCUCAACCAUCCGAUUAUCAAGCCGCGGGUCAAGAGCCUGCUGACCCGGACGCAGUACCUGGAGGAGUUUUCUCGGAACAGCGCGCGACGAAAGCUUCGCGACUCGUGGCUCCAGAUUGACGACCUCCCCGAUACCUUUGAGGUGCCACCAGAGCCGGCGUCGGUGCUCCGAGACGUCUCGUCCGACAAUUUGGUUGUUGCCUCGCCACGUGAGGUCCAUCCGUACGCCGCCGCGCUUUCCGAGUCGCUGGCGUCGUCGGGCUCUGGCUCACUGGCGCUGAUGCUCGAGGAGGCGCGCGCGGCGUCGGUGGAUACGCCGGCUUUGGCCCAGGCCGGCGGCAGCGGCAAGCCCACGCGAUCGUUGCUCUCUGAUGCACUCAAAGCCGAGGCCGAGGUGGCGCAAGCCGAAGCGUGCUCGCCGCCGACAGCGGAUGCGCUCUGCGGCAGCAGUGCGCAGGCCGACACGCGACCGGGUACCUCGCUCUCGUCCGAGUCGUCGAUGGCCGAGUCGCCAUGCAAGACGCAGGCGGACGGGCGCAUUCCCAAGCUGCGCGUGGCUGUCACGGUGCUGGACAAAGUGCUCUCUGGCUGGCUGCACAAGUUCAACGGAGUGUCGUGGAAAAAGCUCUUCUACGAGCUACACGAGGCGCACGCGCGACUGUACUGGUGGCGAUCGCAGGAAGCGUGGCGGCGUGGCCCCGAGGCCGCGUUUGGGUCGAUGAGGCUGAGUGGAAGCGUCCGGGUGUACCGGUUGCGGCCCGACGAUGUGCCGCCUGCAGCGAGCGCGGCUGCCAGCGGCGCGGGGCUCGACGAUGCCGCGCUCGAUGCGGCGCUCGAGAUCCAUGUCGAGACUGCGCGCUCGUCGAGCUCGGCGCUGUUGGUGGCCGAGUCUGGCGACGUCGCCGACGCCUGGGUCGACGGCAUCACCAAGUUUCACAACGCUUUUCGCUCACAGAUUGCCAGGCCUGGCCAGGAUGGCAUGCUCUCGGGCACGCCGGGUUCGGGUACGGCGGGCUCGGGCUCGGCGUCGGGCGUCUCGCCGCGGCUGAAGGAGCGCGCCUUUGACGUCCUCGCCGAGCGAUAUGCGCGGAUGGUCCGCUCCAGCUCGGAUGUCGGUGUCUUCUCUCCAAGCAGCGCAUCGGCCGGUGUAGUGCCAGAGUUGCGGUCCAUUGGCGAGCGCCGAACCGGCAGUCGCCGCGGAAGGGCCAAAACCGAGCUCACCGAUGAGGACCGCGCGUUUGUCCUCGCCCAAGCGCCGCCGGUGGUCAUGCGGCGGAUGCGGACAGCCUCGUUCCAGAAGCUGCUCAUCGAGGGCUCGGACGAGUAA